CUAGGGGGGGGGGGCAUAGUCAUUAAGGAUACUAUGAAUGAGGCAGCGAGAGAGAAGCCCUGGUCAAAGAUCAGAGAACUAUCUGAACGUGACCUCAGAGCAGCAGAGAGGAGCGUGAGCCGCGUGCGACGUGCCCAGUGUGUGUGUGUGUGUGUGUGUGUGUGUGCGUGAGGUGACAGUCGUUGCUAGCUUUCACACAACAAGGAAGUGGAGGACAUGUCGCUCAACUGAAGGCACAUCAAACACAGAACUGUCGACGGUCCCGUACGAGUCUCCUGAUUUUUCCGUCCAAGUCCAGCGCUCACUGAGUCGGCCAUGUGUCCUCUUGCUGCCGAUCUCCCAGCAGCUUCCUAUGAGAUGAAGAUGAGCCAAGGCAGCACCACCAUGUCUGCGUGUACCCCAUCAUCCCGUUCAGCCUGAGCCCACAUCAGCUAACCAUCACUGUUGAUUGUCAAUAUUUGCGUACAAACAUGGCCGCUGUUCCUCCUGGGAUCCGCCUGCUGGUGUCCUUCGACAGGGACCAGUGGUACAGAGCUCUCAUGUUCAUCCUCACCUUCCUGCUCUACACCAGCUUCCACCUCUCCAGGAAACCCAUUAGCAUCGUCAAGAGCGAGCUCCAUAGGAACUGCUCGUCUAUCAAUGAGCUAGCCACCAUUGCCUCCAGCAGCAGCCAGCAGCCCUCCCUGCCAUCUCUCCACACAGACAUGGACUGCAGCUGGAAGCCUUUUGAUAAAAAGAACUACAAACAGCUGCUGGGAGCCAUGGACUACUCCUUCCUCUGUGCCUAUGCAGUGGGAAUGUACCUCAGCGGCAUCAUCGGGGAGCGCCUGCCUAUUCGACUGUACCUAACAGUGGGCAUGCUGACCAGCGGCCUGUUCACUUGCCUGUUUGGACUGGGUUAUGUCUACAACAUCCACCACCUGGGCUUCUAUGUAUUUGUCCAGGUGGCCAACGGCUUGGUCCAAACCACUGGCUGGCCCAGUGUAGUGACCUGCAUCAGCAACUGGUUUGGAAAAGGAAGGCGAGGACUCAUCAUGGGGCUGUGGAACUCUCACACCUCAGUGGGAAACAUCCUGGGAUCUCUGAUCGCCGGCUACUGGGUCUCUUCCAACUGGGGCCUGUCCUUCAUCAUACCGGGGCUCAUCAUUGCAGUGAUGGGAGUUGUCUGCUUCUUCUUCCUCAUUGAGCAUCCAAAUGACCUGAAAAGCAUGUAUGCUCAGAAUUCUUCUCCCGGCAAGCGUGUAAAUGGACACCCUGAGUUGUAUACUCAAUACAAGGACAACAAAACCCAGGCAUACUGCUAUUACGAGGAUAGUGUUCAAAACAGGAAGAGUUACGACACAGAGCUGCUGUUGCCAAGGGACAGUGUGUGUCCCCCCGCACAGCCCGUCGUGGUGGUGAAGAGGGAAUCUGAACCGUCUGCCAUCAGCUUUAUGGGAGCUCUACGCAUACCAGGAGUGAUCGAGUUCUCUCUGUGUCUGCUGUUUGCCAAGCUGGUCAGCUACACCUUCCUCUUCUGGCUGCCGCUCUACAUCACCAAGACGGCUCACCUUGAUGCCAAGAAAGCUGGAGAUCUCUCCACCCUGUUUGAUGUGGGAGGAAUAGUUGGGGGGAUCUUGGCAGGAGUGAUCUCAGAUAAACUGGGGAAGAGAGCCACCACCUGUGCCGUCAUGUUGCUGCUGGCUGCUCCUACUCUGUAUGGCUUCUCCAUGAUCAGCGAGUUCGGUUUGGGGCCAACCAUCGGCAUGCUGUUAGUGUGUGGAGGCCUAGUCAAUGGACCAUACUCCCUCAUCACAACUGCAGUGUCGGCUGAUUUGGGCACCCACAAGAGUCUGAAAGGCAACGCCAGAGCAUUGUCCACUGUCACUGCCAUCAUCGAUGGCACAGGAUCUGUAGGUGCAGCACUGGGCCCCCUGCUGGCAGGGCUGUUGUCUGCAGGCGGCUGGGAUCAGGUCUUCUACAUGCUGAUGACGGCUGACUUCCUUGCUCUGUUGUGUUUGCUACGGCUCGUCACAAAGGAGCUGACCUCAACUAAACCCCGUCCCAUCUCCGCUGUAGAGUUGAAGGAACACUGAGCACUUUGAUUGCACUGCCUCCACGUAGGAACACACACACGCACGCUGCUUUAUAACCACUUGUCUAAGCCUGAAAUGGACUUUGGCUCUGACAAUAAUUGGACUCUCCUGGACAUGAGACAUUUACCACACACACAGACACACAGACACACAGACACACAGACACACAGACACACAGACACACAGACACACAGACACACAUCUAUUUCUCACCUCUUCCUCUAUUGACCUAUUUCCUAUGGCAGCCACGUUGAGCUUGAACAAACUACCUGCUCAGUCUACUCAAAGGACUGUCAGAUAUAUGAAAGUAGCCUUCUUUAAAGUCUAUAUUAGAACUAGAAGUGACCUGAGCUAUUUAUUUUGGAUAGCCAUCUUUGAAACAGCAACUUCCAUGAUUGUGUCCUUAUAGAUCCUGCUGUCAUUAUCUUCCUAUUCUCAUCCUUAUAAGCACACCAAACCCUGACUCAACCAUAACAGUCAAGUUUAUAUCCAACCCAACGUAUUAUACCUAAGGGACCAUUUUUCAUUGUAUACCUAAACCCAGCCUUUCAGUCGGACCAUGGACCAAUCGGAGAUCUCAGAGGGGAUUAAAAAAAAGGGUCAUCAGAAUCGGGAUCCUUUGCCAGACCCAAACAAACAUGUGUGGAGGUUGUUCUAAGAUUACUUAAAGACUACAAUUCUGCAUUCCUAAAUCAAUAUAUUACUUUGAUUGCUGUAAAAAAAAAAUACAAACUUAAAGUUGUUUGUUUGUCAGGCUUGGUGGGAGACAUCAUGUAGAGGCUAAACUCCUGCAGUUAGCUGCUGCACACACUUGUAGCGUCCUAUGUUCACACUGUUGAGCUGGUGUUUAAAACAAAUCUGUGUGUUAAAAAGAAAGAAGUGGAAUCUCCCACUGUGUGCUGUAAACCAAACCCACUACAGCCCUCCUCUACUGUGUGGAAGUUGCUGUUUCAAUGUCACCUUUGCCUUACUGAACCAAAGAGAUUGUGGGGAUCAUGUAAUUUAAAUAAGAGACUACUUAUUUAAGUCAUUUAAGUUAUUCCUGUCUGUUUUGUGGUGGUUUCUGUUUUGUUCUGAAUUUGUUAUGAAAUGAAGGCACCAAAGUUGUAUUUUUAUAUAAAACCUGCAGAUACUGAUGUAUGUCUGUGGGUGGGUUUGUGGGGAUCUGAGAUGCAAGAAUGUAAUUGUUUUGUCAAACUUUAUAUGGAUAUAUUUUGCAGGUUAAUGUUGAUACAUUAGGUUAAUGUGAAAGAUAGUUGGUCAUAGUGACAGAAUUUUAUCUUCCAAUAUCUUGUAAGCAUUUAUUUUAUUGUUUAACAUUUCUAACUAUAUUCUGUUAAUGUUAUGGCUGUAAACUGUAUUAGAGUAAAAUCCACAAAAUACAAACGCCUUGUAAUGAUAUAUACAUUUAUAUUUUAAACUUCAUGAUGGUAGCAUUGAGACAUCAUUAUGCCUUCGUUAGAACAAGACCACAUGUUGUGUAUAGUUAGUGUGUGUCAGUGGUAGGCCUCGUGCUACAUUGUGUGCCUUGUUUGUUGUUCUUCUUUUUACUGGGCAGUGUUUCCUUCUUUGAGAAUGAAUGUGGUUUGGGGAUGGUUCACUCCCAAAGCAUUCUGCAGAAAAAUAAUAAACCAAUUGUUUUCCUCACUGAA